AUGCACGCUUCUGCACCAGAUUUAAGUCCCAUCAACGAGGUCACCGAUACCUCUCUCCAGGAAUCAAUCCAAACUUCCAACCGUCUCUCUCAAGUCAUGGACUUCGAAAUCCAAGCUGGUACCGAACCGCUCUCCCUCCCCAACGACAUGCCAACAACGCCCCUCGACACCAAGCCCUCCUCCAACAAUACUCUCAUCACCUCCUCUUCCACCGAAUCAACCAUCACCCCUGGCAUGUCCGAAUACGAAAAGUCCGUCGUAGCAAAGCAAUCCAAAGAAAAAGCCGAAUCUGAAGCUUGGAUCAAGAGGUUCAUUGAAGCACAGCCAAACAAGAGGUUGUUGAGCUGCAACGAUUAUGAGUUCCAAAGUAAAGUGGCGGAUUUCAGAGUCAGGCAGGCUCUGACGAUGACUGUGGAGAGGGACCAGGCUGCUCGGGCUGCGGCUGAGGUUGCUAGUGGUAAGAAGCAGAAGAACCAGAGAGGAAAGGGUUUUAGAGGUUGGCUUAGAGCUGCAUUUGCUUGA